UGCGCUUUACGGCCGUGGGGACGGAGCGAGCCGGCAGUAGGGCCUCAGGGGGGGCGGGGAAGCAGGGCAGGCGGCAGAGGUUGAUGCCCGGCGGCGCUGCGGGCGCGGCGGCCGCGGCGUCUGGCCGGCUUCUCACCGCUGCAGAGCCAAGGGGCGUCCGGGAGGCGGCGGGGUCGGCGGCCAGGAGCGGCCCGGGGGGCUCCGAUAGCAGAGGCGGCCCCGGGCCGGGGAGUGGAGGCCCGGGCGGCCCCGCGGGCAGGAUGAGCCUGACGCCGAAGGAGCUCUCGAGCCUGCUGAGCAUCAUCUCCGAGGAGGCGGGCGGCGGCAGCACGUUCGAGGGCCUGUCCACCGCCUUCCACCAUUACUUCAGCAAGGCCGACCACUUCCGCCUGGGCUCGGUGCUCGUGAUGCUGCUGCAGCAGCCGGACCUGCUGCCCAGCGCGGCGCAGCGCCUCACGGCGCUCUACCUGCUGUGGGAGAUGUACCGCACCGAGCCGCUCGCCGCCAACCCCUUCGCCGCCAGCUUCGCGCACCUGCUCAACCCCGCGCCGCCCGCCCGCGGCGGCCAGGAGCCCGACCGCCCGCCGCUCUCAGGGUUUUUGCCUCCUAUAACACCACCAGAAAAGUUUUUUCUUUCCCAGCUAAUGCUGGCACCCCCAAGAGAACUCUUCAAAAAGACACCUCGACAGAUUGCAUUGAUGGACGUCGGGAACAUGGGUCAGUCGGUGGACAUCAGUGGGCUUCAGUUAGCUUUGGCUGAACGCCAGUCUGAAUUGCCAACUCAAAGUAAGGCUAGUUUCCCCAGUAUUCUUAGUGACCCAGACCCAGAUUCUUCGAAUUCUGGAUUUGACAGCUCAGUUGCUUCUCAGAUCACAGAAGCUCUAGUCAGUGGACCAAAACCACCCAUUGAAAGUCAUUUUCGGCCAGAGUUUAUUCGCCCACCACCCCCACUUCAUAUUUGUGAGGAUGAGCUGGCUUGGCUAAAUCCAACUGAGCCUGACCAUGCAAUUCAGUGGGAUAAAUCAAUGUGUGUUAAGAAUAGCACUGGUGUAGAGAUCAAACGAAUUAUGGCUAAAGCCUUCAAAAGUCCUUUAUCUUCUCCUCAACAAACACAGCUCCUUGGUGAGUUGGAAAAGGACCCCAAACUUGUUUACCAUAUUGGCCUUACUCCAGCCAAACUUCCAGAUCUAGUGGAAAACAACCCUCUAGUCGCCAUAGAAAUGUUGCUGAAGUUAAUGCAGUCAAGCCAGAUCACUGAGUAUUUUUCAGUGCUGGUCAACAUGGACAUGUCUUUGCAUUCAAUGGAAGUUGUAAAUCGACUAACGACAGCUGUUGAUCUACCUCCUGAAUUUAUUCACCUUUAUAUAUCAAAUUGCAUCUCCACUUGUGAGCAGAUUAAGGACAAAUAUAUGCAGAAUCGUUUGGUGCGUCUUGUGUGUGUCUUUCUCCAGUCCUUGAUCCGUAACAAAAUCAUUAAUGUGCAGGAUUUGUUCAUAGAAGUUCAGGCAUUCUGCAUUGAAUUCAGUAGGAUACGAGAAGCUGCUGGCCUUUUCCGGUUGUUGAAGACAUUGGAUACUGGGGAAACACCUUCUGAGACCAAAUUGUCAAAGUGAUACCUUGAUAUAGCCAGUCUUAUUGUUUAGCUAUACUGUGAUUUAAUUUUUUAAAUCCCACAGUGGACUGCUGAGUCUAAUGCAUAUAAACACUUUACCCACUUAAAGCAAAGUUUUAUUUUCCUGGAACGAUUUUUUUCUCCUUUCGAUGAAUUUUAGGUAUUUUGCUAAUGGUCAUUCAUAAAAAGUCAUCUCCCCAAAAAAUGAAGUCAUUAGCACUAAAUGAUUGGUCAAAAUGCCUGUUCUUGUUUAAAUGAUAAACUACAGGUUUUUGACAAGUCAAGAGUCCAGUUUUUCUGAGUUUUCAAUGCCAAUGUUAAGACACUUGAGUAAGACAUUCUUAAAGAUGUACUGUACCGGCUUGAGGUUUUUAAAUCAAGUAGCAAAACAUUUGAACUUUUAACCCAUUUAUGAGUAUAGCUUAAGUUUAACCCAUUUUUGAGUAUAGCUUAAGUUUCUCAGCACCAUUUGAGUUAAGGAACACACUGUAACUUGACUUUUGUCAUGAGAACUUAACGGGUAAUGGAAUAAAUGUACUUCUUGGGUCUCUCGCAAACAUGACAACUCUGAAAGAUAAUAGCCAGUAUGGUUUUCUUGCCCCCCCUUCAUUGAUUGUUCUGUUAUUUGUCUAAAAUAGUUAACUUGUUUUGGGGGAAAUCCUCAGCCACUACUUUGUCAGAUGACACCACCACAGAGGAAGUGCCAUGUAAAACUGCUUGCUGGGUAGAUCUGUUCUCUUCCCCUUGUGGUGAGACAACCCAAUGAACUGUUUCAGGAAUAGGAGAGCACGGUGUGGGUGGGCUGUUACUUUCAUUUAACUUUGGAAACAGUGCCUUACAUUAAAGUUCUUUUUAUAUGAAA